AUGUUGAGGAAUUCCCUCUGUCGAGCCAGCUCGCAGCUGCUCCGCGGCGCUCGAUACUCCGCUACCUCGUCUUCCGCCUUCGUCUCGACCAACUCGGCCAGGACUUCAUCAUGGAAGCUCGCGUCUGCUCGCCGCCCUCUGGCCGUCGCUGGCCGUCGCACCUAUGCCACCAGCGCGACCAACUCGCCCCCCGAUCCCAGCGAUAACUUCCUCUCCGGAAGCACCGCCAACUACAUCGACGAGAUGUACAUGCAGUGGAAGCAGGACCCAGAGAGCGUCCACGUCUCGUGGCAGAUCUACUUCCGGAACAUGGAGAGCGGUGACAUGCCCGUCUCCCAGGCCUUCCAGCCGCCCCCCAACCUGGUUCCCAAUAUGACCGGCGGCGUCCCUCGUCUCUCCGGCACCCUCGCCAUGGAGGAUGGCUCCGACGUCACCAACCAUCUCAAGGUCCAGCUUCUCGUCCGCGCCUACCAGGCCCGCGGUCACCACACUGCCAACAUCGACCCUCUCGGCAUCCGCAACACCAGCGACGCAACGGGCUUCGCCAACGCCAGGCCCAAGGAGCUUACUCUCGAGCACUACCAGUUCACUGAGAAGGACCUUGAUACCGAGUACACCCUUGGCCCUGGUAUCCUGCCCCGAUUCAAGCGCGACGGUCGCGAGAAGAUGUCCCUCCGGGAAAUCGUCGCCACUUGCGAAAAGGUUUACUGCGGCUCCUUCGCCGUUGAGUUCAUCCACAUCCCCGAUCGCGAGAAGUGCGACUGGCUCCGUGAGCGCCUCGAGGUGCCCCAACCCUUCAAGUACUCCAUUGAUGAGAAGCGCCGCGUUCUUGACCGUCUCAUCUGGAGCUCCAGCUUCGAGAACUUCCUCGCCACCAAGUAUCCCAACGACAAGCGAUUCGGUCUCGAGGGUUGCGAGACCCUUGUUCCUGGUAUGAAGGCCCUCAUCGACCGCAGUGUCGACUACGGUGUCAAGGAUAUUGUCAUUGGUAUGCCCCAUCGUGGCCGUCUCAACGUUCUCAGCAACGUCGUCCGAAAGCCCAACGAGUCCAUCUUCAGCGAGUUCGCUGGCACUGCUGGUGGUGAGGACGAGGGCUCUGGCGACGUCAAGUACCACUUGGGUAUGAACUUUGAGCGUCCCACUCCCUCUGGCAAGCGCGUCCAGCUUUCCCUGGUCGCCAACCCCUCCCAUCUUGAGGCUGAGGACCCCGUCGUUCUGGGCAAGACCCGCGCUAUCCAGCACUACAACAACGAUGAGAAGACUCACCGCACCGCCAUGGGCGUCCUCCUUCACGGUGAUGCUGCCUUCGCCGGUCAGGGUAUCGUCUACGAGUGUCUCGGCUUCCACUCCCUCCCCGCCUUCUCCACUGGCGGUACCAUCCACCUCGUUGUCAACAACCAGAUCGGUUUCACCACCGACCCCCGUUUCUCCCGCUCCACUGCCUACUGCACGGAUAUCGCCAAGGCCAUCGAUGCCCCCAUCUUCCACGUCAACGCCGACGAUGUCGAGGCUGUCAACUUUGCCUGCCAGCUGGCUGCCGAUUGGCGCGCUGAGUUCCAGCAAGAUAUCGUCAUUGACCUUAACUGCUACCGAAAGUACGGCCACAACGAGACUGACCAGCCCUCGUUCACCCAACCUCUCAUGUACAAGCGCAUCAACGAGAAGGAGCCUCAAAUCGACGUCUACGUCAACAAGCUCCUCCAGGAGGGCACCUUCACCAAGGAGGAUGUUGAGGAGCACAAGCAGUGGGUCUGGGGAAUGCUCGAGGAGAGUUUCACCAAGUCCAAGGAGUACACCCCCACCUCCAAGGAGUGGACCACCUCGGCCUGGAACGGCUUCAAGUCACCCAAGGAGCUGGCCACUGAGGUCCUGGACCAGAACGAGACUCGCGUCGACGGCAAGUCUUUGGAGCAUGUUGGCGAGGUCAUUGGAUCCGCUCCCGAAGGCUUCCAGGUUCACCGUAACCUGAAGCGUAUCCUCACCAACCGCACCAAGUCAGUUAUCGAUGGCAAGAACAUUGAUUUCCCCACUGCUGAGGCUCUUGCAUUUGGAACUCUCGUCACUGAGGGUUACCACGUCCGUGUUUCCGGUCAGGAUGUUGAGCGUGGUACCUUCUCUCAGCGUCACGCCGUCUUCCACGACCAGGAGACCGAGGCUACUUACACUCCUCUCCAGAACCUGAGCAAGGACCAGGGCAAGUUCGUCAUUUCCAAUUCGUCUCUGAGCGAGUUCGGUGUCCUUGGCUUUGAGUACGGCUACUCUCUGUCGUCGCCCAAUGCCCUUGUCAUGUGGGAGGCCCAGUUCGGUGACUUUGCCAACAACGCCCAAUGCAUCAUUGACCAGUUCAUCGCCUCUGGCGAGGUCAAGUGGAUGCAGCGAAGCGGUCUCGUUGUUUCCUUGCCCCACGGCUACGAUGGCCAGGGCCCUGAGCACUCUUCUGGCCGUCUGGAGCGAUACCUCCAGCUCAGCAACGAGGACCCUCGCGAGUUCCCCUCUGGCGAGAAGCUUGAGCGCCAGCACCAGGACUGCAACAUGCAGAUUACCUACAUGACGACCCCUGCCAACCUGUUCCAUGCUCUGCGCCGACAGAUGCACCGACAGUUCCGAAAGCCACUCAUCAACUUCUUCUCCAAGGCUCUGCUCCGUCAUCCCCUGUCCCGCUCCGAUAUUGAGGACUUCACUGGUCCCGACGCUGGCUUCAAGUGGAUCAUCCCCGACCCCGAGCACCAGACCGGCGCGAUCAAGGCUCCCGAGGAGAUUGACCGAGUCAUUCUGUGCUCUGGUCAGGUUUGGGCUGCCCUGCACAAGUACCGUGCUGAGAACAACAUCGACAACGUCGCCGUCACUCGCCUUGAGCAGCUGAACCCCUUCCCCUGGCAACAACUCAAGGAGAACCUUGACAUGUACCCUAACGCCAAGACCAUCGUCUGGGCCCAGGAGGAGCCCCUCAACGCCGGUGCCUGGAGCUUCACCCAGCCUCGCAUUGAGACUCUGCUCAACGAGACUGAGCACCACGACCGCAAGCACGUCAUGUACGCCGGCCGCAACCCCAGCGCGUCGGUGGCCACUGGCCUCAAGUCGGUGCACACCAAGGAGGAGCAGGAGUUCUUGAACAUGGCUUUCACCGUGAAGCAGGACAAGCUCAAGGGCGAGUAA